GAGAGAAGAAUGUCAGCCAUGAACUCAGCUGUAAUAUCAAUUCCAAAUGAAGAGGGAGCUUCUCCUGCAAAGAAAAUCAACAGGGUCCAAUCCUUUUUCUCUUCUCCUCUUCCAUAUAUUUCAGCAACUAGAAGCAUUUAUGACUACAAAAGAUUGAUUCACAGUAUCAAGGUUGGAGCUGCUCUGGUUUUGGUUUCUCUCUUCUUUGCACUCAAUCCACUUUACAAGCAAGUGGGAGAAAAUGCCAUGUGGGCUGUCAUGACUGUAGUGGUCAUUUUUGAGUUCUAUGCAGGUGCUAUGCUCAGCAAAGGCUUGAAUAGGGGAAUUGGGACUAUUUUAGGUGGUGGCUUCGGCAGUUUAGCAGCAAUUUUAGCUCAUGAAGUUGGAGGAUCUGGCAAAGCUCUCACUGUUGGCGUUUCAGUAUUUAUCCUUGGUGCUGCUGCAACAUACACUCGACUAAUUCCCAGCAUCAAGCAGAGAUAUGACUAUGGGGUCAUGAUCUUCAUCCUAACUUUCAAUCUGGUUGCAGUAUCUGGUAUGCGUGCCGAGGAGGUCAUUGAGAUAGCCCGUGAACGCCUUUCGACAAUCGCCAUGGGUUUCGCCAUCUGUGUGUUUACAAGCUUAUUCAUAUUUCCUAUGUGGGCUGGUGAUGAACUUCAUUGCUUGACAGCCUCCAAAUUUAAUAGUCUGGCCUCUUCCAUUGAAGGAUGCUUGGAGGAAUACUUCAAAGAGGUGGAUGAAAAGAAGGAAAAUCAGAGCACAAGCAAUUCCAAUGGCUCCAAAUCAGUGCUAUACUCAAAGUCCAAGGACGAGUCACUGGCAAAUUUUGCAAGAUGGGAACCAUGGCAUGGAAGAUUUGGGUUCUCUUAUCCUUGGAACAAGUACCUACAAAUUGGAGAUUCUCUUAGAGAGUUGGCUGCUUCCAUCAUCUCCCUAAAAGGCUGUCUUCAAUCUCUCAGACAGGCAUGAAAGUGAAUCC